UAUCAUUCCAUCAACAACAAACCGCUUACCAGGAAAACUGACAGGACUUAACAAUAAAACCGUGUGGAGCCUGGAAGCUAGAACGCAGAAAUGAAAAAUGUAAUGAUUCUAUGUGUCUACGGAAGUCUAAUGAUGCAGAAUUUUAAUUCUUUAUUCAAAAGAAUAGGUUCAAUUAAGCGGUGGUGUCAAAAAUAGGGUAAGAGAGCCCUAAAAAUAAAACGCCCUUUCCCAUUUUUGAAAUUGUUCAUCCCAUUCCCAGUGGUUGAAUCCCAGUCCCAGUGCAGUGAAUUCCAUUUUCCCAGCCCAAAAAAUGGCAAAUCCCAGUUCCCAUUUUACCCCUUCACGCCCCUCUUUAUUGACUAUGCAUGAAUGACAUAAUCGCAAUGCUUCUAUUGUUUAGUUGUAUCAGUACACAUAACCAACUUUUUGUAUUUUGCCAGGUUUUGUGCAGGGUCAARCCCAAAAAUAGUCAACAAAAACGUACUUGUAAACAAGAACUAACCAAUUUCGAGCACUCGUGACACCAGCCCUCCCCGAGAAGAAUAUUAUAUUGUGCAAUUACAUAGAGACGAGGCUAAAUUUGGGGAAGCAAAAUGGCGGCUUGUUGUUUAUAAAUGUUAUAUCGACAAAAGAUAUGGACGACCUGGAAAAUAAUGCGGAGGAUCUUCCUGACGACAUUAAUGUCCUCAGAGCUACCAUUCAAGAUUUGAAGCGAAAAGAGCACCAGCUUGUAAAAAGUAAAGAACAAAGCGAAAUUGAAUUUGGCCAGAGAAGAGCGAAAUUUAAAGAGCUUUAUAUGGCAAGGGAAGGUGAGAAUGCUUCAUCUUUGUUUUUAAGAUCGAUGCUUUCGCUAGUUAAUAUAUUACGAUCGUUAUUUUCAUGUAUUACAGAGGCUGUGAAAGAGGCAAAGGAAAGUGCUGCUGAACAUUUUGAAAUAGAAAAGCACAAUCUUCUUGCCAGAAAUCAAAAGUUAGAAAAUGAAGUAAAGAACUUAAAAUCUCUUCUGUCCUCUGACGAGGAAAGCAGUAGUAGCAGGCCUAGAAUGUUGUCAGGAUUGUCUGAUGCUGUAGUUGGUGCCAUAAGACGGAAUACUGCAACAAGUGAGAGCUCUUCAGUGGAUGGGGAAGCAGUCACAGAUAAUGUAAAAUCACUUGAAAAAAGCAUGGAAAAGGCCCAAGAGGAUGCCGAGGCAUGGAGAUCAAUUGUUAUGCCACUGGAAGAGGAAAUAUCAUUUCUGAAGGCAAAGUUAAAAGAUGCACAAGAAAAACUGCAAGUUGCAGAAACAAAGAUUAAGGAAGGAGAAAGCAAAAAGCAUGACAAAAAGUCUGAAGAUGAAGAACCCCUAUCAAGAGAAAAGUUUGAAGAGAUACAAGAAAAGGUAAAGGAAUUAAACCAAUACCUAGAGGCAGAACGAUCCUCACGAACGGAUCUGGAAAUGUAUGUAGCUGUUCUAAACACACAAAAAGGUGUCCUUCAAGAGGAUGCUGAGAAAUUAAGAAAAGAGCUUCACAAUGUGUGUAGAUUGUUGGAGCAGGAAAAAAUGUCCCACAGUGAUUUAAAGCAAACAUGGGAGAUGGCAAAUGUCCAGUUUGUAGAGAAUCUAAGAGUACAAGAGGAAGCAUUUUCAAGAGUGUGGAACAUCCUUACACCUGAUCAGAGAACAACUGUUCAACAACAACAGCAACCCCAGGUUGGCCAGCUUAUUGAUCUACAGAGUCCACAGACCUCCCCACAGCCAACUAAUCAACAGCCAAGCUUAGUUCCCUUGCCAGCACAAGUGACUGCUACAGACUCCUUGUCAAUAUGGGACAGUAUUCCCACGGUCCCCUGCACAAAUCAACUGGUGUCUGAGGCAGAGACUGCUCAGAGGACAUCUAUAGAGACUGAUGGCAAGGAAUCAGGAGUGAGGAGAGUUCACUCAGCCUCUGAUGUAACAAUGAGUCUUGAGAGUAGUAAUAGUCAAGUUGCCAGAGCACACUCAGUAGAGGAGUUAUUAUCAUCCAGUCCAGAGCCUUCAGCUCCCUCAGAUGUUGUACCACCAGAAGGACCCAGUUCUCCCCCUGCCAGACCACAGCCUCCCAGCAAAGGACAUGGGAACAAGUUUGAUUGGAAGAAUUUCCAGGAAGCUGUGAAAGUUUCUCAUGAAAGUAGCUUGAAUAGGUCAUGUGCAAUGUGUGGUAAUUAUGAACGACAGCUUCAAAAGUUGCAGGAUGAAAAUCAGAAAUUUCAAAAUUUAGCUUCCAACUUACAAGUGGCACUGGAUCAGGAAAAGAUGAAGCUCGUAGCUUCCCGGGAUCAACUUACUCAGGAGCUUACGCAGUUGAGAACAGACUAUGCAGCUCUUCAAGACAAUGCUAUUCAGCAACUUACACAAAUGGACUCUGAUGCAAGGCUGGCUGAAAUGCGUGAACAACUGAUGCAAAUCAGAGCUGCAUCUGAGAGCACAGAAGAGAAACUGAGAAGUGAGGUGUCUUUCCUUAAAGAUCGGGUUAUGGCAGAACAAGUUGCAAAGGACAGUGUGGAGGCAAUGCUUCAGGGAGACGUGGAUAACAUCAGGGUUGAACUUGAUAAGUUACGGACAGAGCUUGAUAAGGAAAAAAGUGCCAAAGAGGAGGCACAGUCUCAGCUUAGAAAGUCCGGUCAGUCACUAAAGAACACAGAAGACAAAUCUAACCAAGUCAUCAUUGCACUCAGAGGACAGUUAGAUGAGGCUACUGAAGAAAAGAUCAAGAUAGAAGAUGAGAAUAAACAAUUGAAGAACCAGUUGCAAUCAAUGACAGAACAACUCAACCAAAGUGAAACGGUGCAGAGAGAUUUUGUACGCUUAUCUCAGUCUUUACAGAUGCAGAUUGCCCAGAUCCAUGAAUCAGAAACAGGAGUUCGAUGGCAGCAUGCUGAGGAUGUUAAAGCGUGUCAGAAUUGCCAAAAAGCCUUAAAGUCAAGCAAAGACAAGCACCAUUGCCAUCACUGCGGCAAAGUAUUUUGUGAACAGUGUACAUCCAAGACUGUUGUGGGAAGCAAAUCAUCCAGGCCACACCCAGUGUGUGAUAAAUGUUAUGUUAUACUAAACAAGGACUCUACAUCUACAUUCUAUGAUACAACCCUGGCAGAUGAUAAAAGGUGACUGUUGUGAAAUGGAGUCCUAC